CUGCGUCUGGCUUCUGCCGCUAAUUAGCUGGUCACUUAACAAAGCCACCUUCCAUCUUUGGACAUCAGAUUCUACCUUUGUUUUGAAAAGUGAAAUGGCUGUAUUUCAGGAUCUGAUGCCUUCCAGUCCGAAACUGUGUGUUUUCUGAAACUACAAAUAGACUACUCUACAUUACAGGGUGUUAAUUGGCUCAUUCUGAUUAUCUGGGCCGUCUCGCCAAAAUGCAGUGAACUUGCACUUAGAGAAUCGGAGAUGCUUACAGCUGGGGGAGGCUUGGCCCCGAAGCCUCAUUCACAAGUUAACAAAACAGACUCUGAAUGUGCAGAUGACUUACUUGAGGACAUCCAGAUGGUUAUCUGGAAAAAAAUAACCCGUUACAUGCCAAACCUUGGGUCCCCAGUUCUGAGAUCUAUCCAGCUGCUUCUCUCAGAAGAAUCACCUAGAAAAUUACCUCCGUUCCUAGAAAUCCUGAACCCAUUGGAUCAUAGAAUCAGGACUGUACUCGAUAGAACUUUGGAAAACUUGCUAGACCAGCGGGAAUGGUUUCACAUUAACUGCUGCCAUCAGCUCCUUCUUAACGCCAUCAGGAAUUUGGUAUUAGUGAUGCCAAUCGCUCUUCUAAACAUAAUAAAUAGCAACGACAUUUUUUUUCGAAGUGUGAGUGAAACAUGGUAGCUGCCGAAGUUCAGAUGGUGCCGACUUCCCGUUUGCUGUUGAUUUAUACACUUUCUCAGGAGAAGAAAUCUGUUUGCUGCCCACAGGAAAUACAGGGACAUUGCAUGCACAACGGGACACGGUGUUCUCACCAGCUUUGGCAUGUGGAAGAUCUGAAUUUCAUCACUGAGUUUUUCACCCAUCAACUAUUUCCCAAGUAUAAAAGAAGUAGGUCUGUUAAUGAAACCGUUUCUGCUGUGUUCGUCCUUCUGCACGUGCCCAGAUGCACAACGGUUUUGGACACGUUUCCCGCUCUGAGAGUUAAUGGCCCCUGGCCUGCCGACCUCUCCAGGCGUGCCCGAGAUUCCCGCAGUGCCCAGCCUGGGCGUCAUCCCCCCGGGCAGCUUUCAGGGAAGGCUGGGGAACAGGAGCUCAUCCUCACCUCCGGCCCCGGGGCUCCAUCUGGCUUGUGAUUAUUUACGUGGCCGCCUCACCGCUUCGGCUGGAGGAGGAGCGAUUCUAGAGCCUGCGCAGCUUCUCUGUCUGUCGUGGACACACAGUGGACAGAGGUCUGCUUCCAGCAGUGGCAAGACUUGGAGAAGUCCUAAUUUUCCCUUUAUUUCUGAGUUUUCCUUCAGGAAUAAAAUAAAUUCCUCAAAGGUGUUAGUUAUCCUUUGUCGUAACAAUCCUGA